GCCGCACCGACGGCCUCCCUGCUUGGACAGUCGCAGCUGCCGUUUCAGCACUUCGCGGAUUCGCGAAGCGCGAGCCGCUGCUUCGGCGCAGUCGGCUGCAAAUCUGCUGCGAGCCGCUCUGGCUUUGUGUGCUGCUGCAUGCUGCUGUGGGUUCCGGCCAUUUGCUGGUUCGUGUGAGUAUGUGCUUGCUCCAUGCCUUCGCUCACGUCUUUGGCGAAGAGGAGCUCCCAGCCUUUUGGCCGCUGGUGCAGGCGCUUGGCGCUGACCUUCUGAAGCAGGGACGACUGAGCGCGGCGGCCACCAUAUCUGCGCAAAUGCUGAACUAUCAGAGCGGCAUUCGACCGCCCUACGUGCCUGCCUUGUCUCUGCAUGUGGCCGCUUCAGCGCAAUAUGCGCCGGUGUCUUCCGACGUGCUUUUUUUCCGAUUCCGACUUCCCGGUGCUCCUGGCUUCAUCCGCAUCCUACAAAUGCUGACUGCCGAGGCACGUGCGCAAGGCAUUCAAUUUGCCAGACCUGUCAUCAUGGAUGCAUCGCAGAAAUCCUUGAGCUUUACAGAAAUCAGCCGGUUCCGUGCAUUGGCGCUACUUCCGCAUGUUCCCUAUGCGCAGCGCCUGCCAGAUGUCUUCGCGCUAAACUCGCCCACACUGGUGCCAGCACUCCCGUUGCUGCACAAGUAUGUGUGGCCAUAUGCUGGCCCUUUCUGUGGACGCACAGAUUCUGAGCUUUCGCAAGCGCUGGAUCCGACGGCGGCCAACACAUCGAGCCAUCCCUUCUCACCGUUCGCCUUCCAGGGCAAGGUGUUCCAACCAGAUCGUUUCGAUGAGGACAGACGUUACUGGGCACAGUAUACGGAGUGGGAGCUCUGGCCCCACCUCAUUCGCUUCAAGAGCCGUGGCUGCGACAUGCUAGGACGCUGUAGUCUCUGGUCAGAUCGAUCAGGGGGUUUCUUUCCCAGGGCCAUCAGAAUAUUGAGUAUGUUGUGGCCGCGGUGGAGUUGGUGUUGA